GUGCUUUUAAGAUAUAAUGGCAGCAUGCUCUUAAUAGCAGGGAGGGGAUGAGCUAUCAGAGUGGCUGGGAGACAAGUCCUGCUGCAGUCCUAAAAAGAGUCCAGCUGUCAGACACCCAGAGAAGAGGAAGGGUGUGUGAGAGCAGGCUGCCUCGGCUCCUGGUGGUGAGCUUCACGGGUUUGUGACAUCGUGGUUCUUGAGAACGCUGGAAUCCUGGAAUCAGUGCAGCUAUUCAAAGUCACACAGCUGGCAGUGAAUGCUACUCUCCUUUCAAGGCUGAGUGGGCCAUUAAUGAGUGAAUGGACUCUGCUGGGAAGGCUUGUCCUCACACCAUGACAACUGAUGAGUCAGAACCUGGUGAGCUAGCUCUGGAGCCGCUGCUCACUUGCAAGCUAUGUCUCUGUGAAUAUUCCCUGGAUAAGAUGACCACUCUUCAGGAAUGCAACUGCAUCUUUUGUACAUCGUGCCUAAAACAGUAUAUGCAGCUGGCAAUUCAAGAAGGCUGUGGUUCUCCUAUCACAUGUCCAGACAUGGUAUGCUUAAACCAUGGGACUCUACAGGAAGCAGAGAUUGCCUGUUUGGUGCCUGUUGACCAGUUCCAGUUAUACAAGAGGCUGAAGUUUGAACGAGAAGUCCACCUGGAUCCCCAGAGAACGUGGUGCCCUGCAGCUGACUGCCAAAUGGUGUGCCAUAUUGCACUGAGUGAGUCAGGAGCACCAGUGCCAGUGGAGUGCCCAGCUUGCCGCCUGACAUUCUGUUCUUCUUGCAAGGAAGCCUGGCACCCACAGCGUCUAUGCCAGGAAAACCUAUCUACUCCAGUACUAACUGAACAGGGAUCCCUUAUUGGAACAGAGACAGAGGCACCAAUUAAGCAGUGCCCGGUUUGCCGGAUAUAUAUUGAGCGGAAUGAGGGAUGUGCUCAGAUGAUGUGCAAGAACUGCAAGCACACGUUUUGCUGGUACUGUCUACAGAACUUGGAUAACGAUAUCUUCUUAAGGCAUUAUGACAGAGGCCCUUGCAGAAACAAGCUGGGCCACUCGCGAGCCUCAGUGAUGUGGAACAGAACGCAGGUUGUGGGGAUUCUUGUUGGACUAGGUAUCAUAGCAUUGGUGACCUCUCCCUUGCUGCUUGUGGCAUCUCCCUGCAUCAUCUGCUGCAUUUGCAAGUCUUGUCGAAGCAAAAAGAAAAAACAUAGCCCACCAACAACCUAAAACUCAGUCUGUUGGAGCCUCCAUAUGUACAGCAUAUGUAUGUAGGAAAGCACAAUGGUUGUGUAUUGGUGCCAUACCUACCUUUCCUGCCAAUUCUGAGGAUAAGUGCCUAUUCUUUACAGGCUACUCUAUCACUAACCAGUCCCAGUGAAAAGUCUAGAUAAUUGUGCAGUACCUACAGUAUAAGCUUUUGCUUCAUUAAAGGAAAAUGGGACAUCAUUAGGUAGUGCAUACUCUUCAAUAUGAGCCAUCUUUUCAGACCUCUAAAACUUUACCGUCUUCAUCAGCUGCACACGACUUGGUCCUGCAGUAUUAUCCUGCCCUUGCAGUCCCAGUUGUUACUGCCAUGUUUUCUGUUGAUUCUUGUUGAUGCUCAGAUUUCUCAGAAAGUUGUGGAUGUUUUUAAAAGGAGGAGAGGGAAAAGCCUGAUGUAGUUCUGUCUGCUAACUUGUGUCCUGUUAAAGGUAGCAAACUGUUAAGAAAAUGUAUUUGGCAGUUUCUUGUCGACUGGUUGCCAUGGCAUUUCUUUCAGAAUUGAAAUCAAUUUGAUUUAUGCUACUGAUCUCAAAUAAGUAAACCAUCAAAACUAUUUCCAUCUAAGACAAGGCUCUCCUUUGAGCAACUGGACUAUCUUAAGAAAAUUGUUAUUUUCUCAGAUCAAACAUGACAGAUUUUCAUUGAAA